AGAACUACCCCGAUACCCACUCCAGCAAAGCAUAAAGACAUUGCAGUCAGAUUGGGCGUCUGUUACCCCUCCUUUGCCGGAAGAAAAAGCAUAACAAAUCAUUAAAAAGCAUGGAAAUUUGUUUUAAAAAUAAGAGGGCCCUUGUUACCGGUGCAGGAAAAGGAAUCGGUAGAGGAAUUGCAGUGGCACUAGCGAAGUGUGGAGCAUCGGUGACUGCUCUAACUAGGUCACAGGCCGAUUUGGACACAUUGAAGCAAGAGGUGCCUGGCAUUGAGACAAUAUGUUUGGAUGUGCACGACUGGGAUAAGACCAAUGAAGUACUAUCACCCUUACCUCCUUUUGACCUCCUUGUUAACAGUGCUGGCGUCUCCAGUGGAGAGUCCUGCCUAGAGGUCUCGGCAGAGGCCUAUGACAAUGUUAUGAUGAUAAAUCAUCGAGCGAUUCUUCAAAUCACAAAGAUUGUAGCAAAAGGAAUGAUCGCAAAAGGUGAGGGUGGUUCCAUAGUGAAUCUUUCUAGCAUUGCCAGUCUACAGGGACUCACCAACCAUGCUGUAUAUGCAUCAUCCAAAGGGGCUUUGGAUUCAUACACAAAGGUUGCUGCCUUAGAACUGGCAAAACACAAGAUUCGAGUGAACUGUGUGAACCCUACCGUCGUACUGACUCCUAUGGCCAGGAAGUUCUGGGACCAAGGUGAGAUGAGGGAUGCAAUGAUCAACAGGAUACCACUGGGCAGGUUCCUAGAAAUUGAGGAUGUUGUUAAUCCAGUUAUCUUUCUGCUCAGCGACAUGAGUGCAAUGAUAAAUGGUAUCACAAUGCCUAUUGAUGGAGGUGCUUCAGCAGCCUUAGUCUAGGGUAGGGCUUAACUCUUUGAAUGCCAGACUAAAUUCUGUUCCAUUUUGAUGUGUGUGAAUUAGGUGCAAAUACCAUCAAUGGCACUGUAGGGCUUACAGGGGAAGUCAACCUGAUAUUAAGUAGGUUUUGAUAAAAGCAGAACAAUGAGAGAAACAAUUUAGUGAAAGUUGAAGCAAUUUCCAAUUAAAAAUAGGAAAGUUAUGAAUUUUUGAAGUUGUCAUCAGUGAAACACAAAUUGGCUACAGUGUGAUGUAUCUUGCAAGGUCCUCCCCAAUUUUCUCUGUACAGAAAAUUUCAUAAGUUCUCAUUUUCUUAGUUUUUGAUGACGGAAAAGAUUUGUUUCAUACAGGUGUCGUUUAAACUCAUUUAUGCAAUAAUUAUAUGUAGGGUGAAUGUAUAAUUGAAUAUUUUCCGAAGGGCGAUAUAGAUUUUUAAUUUUUGUAUUACAGGGGAAAUGGGAGGGGAGCUUGCAAGAUACAUCUUAGAGUUGCCAAUUUGUGUUUGAUUGGUUGCACCUUCAAAAAUUCAUAAUAUUUGUUUUUUUUUCAAUGGGUUUUUGCUCAAACUUUUGCUGACCUGUUCCUCUCACAUUUCUGCUUUUAAAUAAUCCAACUUAAUAUCAGGGUGGACUUCCCCUUUAAUUACCACCCAUAUUCUCUGCAUUCUACAUGAACCUUUGGCAUCACGAUGCAACUCUGCAAUCACUACCAAUGAUCUACCUCUCAAUUCCAUUUCAUGAUGGAUCCUUGUUCAGAUAUGAGGUGGUGUUUUUGUUUUUAAAUAAUGGCGUAAGUUUAAAAUGCUUAACUUUUUUGUAUUUCAUAAGUACAGAGCUCAGUGAGUAAAUGUAGAAACUAUGAGUUGCCAUUUAUUUACAGGUUAUUUUUUUUUAUUUUAAAGUACUGUGGUUUACUACUUCAUAUCUGAAUGAGCAUGUAAUGUGAGUCAGAAAAUUCAGAUUUGCUUUAGAAGAAUAUAUUCUAGAAUUUCCUUUCAGCAAUUAUGUAAAUGAUGAGAAUAAGGUCUGGGAAUAUCAUGGUUAUUUUUAUAUACCCGGUAGAUGUAACAUCUACAUUUGAGACAAUUCCAUGAAGAUGAAUUUCAUCAUAUUUUUUUUUCAGCUUAGUUAGAAUUACAUUUUGCAGACAGUUAUGUACAUUAUAUUCAAGAUAAUAAAUUGCCUCAUUUAAUUUUUUUUAAAUUUAAUAUAGAUGUAAUGUCUAUAUGUGGGAAAAUUCCCUGAGGAAGCAUUUCAGUAUACCCGGUAAUACUAGAUGUGCCUUAUUUUUUCAAUUCUUUGAAUUUAUAUACAGUGUUAUGAGCAUAAAAUUUACCGGCCCAAAUGCAUACCCAUCCAUUUAUUUGUCAUACACCAACAUUUCAACGUAUGAGUUACAACUGUACAUGAUACAUAUCUUUAUCACCAGUCAAGAUUAUUUUUUGUUAAGGAGAUUGGUUUAUUUGCCUGUUUCAUGUAGUGAAAUAGCGCCAUCUUACAUGCAACAAUACUUGUGGGGAUUGUAAUGUUCCCGUGAGCUGUAGAUUCAUUAUGAGGGUGUUUGUUUGUAUGUAUUAGUGGCAGAUUCAACAUGAUGAAUUAAAAGGUUUUGCAUAUAAAUACGAGAUUAACUGACAUAUCAGGGUUUCCUGUUUCAUCACUAGUAAAAGAAAUCAUGAAUAGAAUGUAAUCUUGUUAUUAAUAUCCAUAACACUGUGAUUACAAAAAUUCAUAUGAAUCAUGCGCUCAUGCUCUUAAAAGAGGAGCCCUUAUGAAAUGGGGGUUGGGGGUUACAUUUUUUUUGAAGACCCUUUUAUUUAAAGUCUCCAGAUUAUUCAUUAUCUGUCCAAUAUCCCGAUAAAAAUGUCUCAAAAAUCAGACUUUUAGAUUAAACCAGAAUAAUGUUAAAUUUAGGCUGGCUUUGUUCACAUGCAUUAAUGGUUGUUGGUUGUAGUUCUAAAUUAAUCUGAUCAUAUCAUGAUAAUUGAAAUUUAAAAGAAUUUUGUUACAGUUUUAAGUAAAUUAAUGGUGUUAAGAUGGCCAUCACUGCCUUAGACUAUUCUGAUUUAAUGUCAGUGAAAAUUGAUCUCCUUGCCAAAAAAAGAAAGUUUGCAUAAAAAUAUAUCACCCUAUUACAAUUACACCAUGUAUUGUCAAUGUCUUGCUAUCAUGUGAAACAUGGACAGUAUUGUUAUAUUCUGUGAUUUCCAGUCUUGAAUGCACAAAGAGUAUAUUUUAUUAAAUGUAAUAGACCUACAAAAUCCGUCUGAAUGUCUGCAAAAGUAGUAUGGACCUGAAGAAAUGUUUUCCACCCAAUAAAUCUAUGCAAUCACAGUUUUAAUGAGAAAUUACCAAGAAUGCGGAAAUGUGUCAAAAAUUAUCUGCAUAAUUUGUAUCUUUAAAUGUACCGGUAAGCUUAUCUUAUUGACACACGCUUGUACUUGUCUGGGAUAAGUGUCAGGGAACCAAAGGCAUUUAGCACAGGGGACUGUUUUAUUGGAAUAUUAGCAUUUGAGUGUAAACAGCAAGCUUCGAGCUACAUAGUCCAUGAUUAGCCAGAUAACGAACAUAGGGAUAAUUACUACAAUAGAUCAUUUUCGUAAUGUAAUCAAAUGUAAUGAACAAAUCUUUGUUAUGUGCCAUGUUGCAAAUAAUUGUAUUCCAAUAGUCUGAAUGCAAAUUGCAUACUUUAUGUAUUGUUAGGUACACAGGCCCUAAUGCUUGUCCUACCUAGCAACAAUUAAUGUUUGCAAUUCGCAUUCUAACUAUUGAAAUACAAUUAUUUGCAACAGGUGAAUGAAAUAAUUUGUAACAUGGCACUUAACAUAGAUUUAUGUUUUAAAUUUGAUUACAUUAUGUAAUAGUCUAUUCAAUAAACUCAUUCCAACCCACUACACACAAUGAGAAGAUGGUUACAUUUACCCCCCAAAAUGCCCUGAAAUCAUCAUGAAGGAGGGAUAUCAGAAAGAAGGUAAUUCAAUAUUUUGUUUGUUUAAUGAAAUACAGUUAUCAACUAAAUUAUUCAUACCCUUACCAGGUUUUGUAAUUAUUUCAUGUCUGUUUAAAAUUGAUUUGUCCUAAUUUACGUUUCUUACGAAUGAGACCUAUUACAGUAUUAAGCUUACACCUAAAAGUAUUAAACAAAGGCCUACAUUCAACCGGUCCACCUUUAACUCUUGAGUUACGAAAAAUGCAUCAAAUUUACAAGGGACAUGAAUAAUGUAGUUGUUAACUGUAUGACAAUCAUAAUUUUAAUAAUCUUUACAUUAAAUUAUUUUAAGUUCUAUCUUGUAAUGUUAUAAUUACUUCCUUUUGAUUUUCUGAAUAUCAUUGAAUUGACUUUUAUUCAAAGUUUAUUGGAAAUAAAAGUGCAGUCAAUGGUAGAAAUGCAGAAGUGUACAAUGACAACCUUAAAAUAUAACAAGUACAUAUAUACGUAUAUUGAUUAUAUGGUUUAGCAUAGAGAGUAUAAGUGAGAAGGUUCAAUUGAACAUAGAAUACAAACAAAAAUGCGUUGGAAUAUAUUCCUGCUGGUAUCUAACUCAGUUACAGUUACAUACAAUGAUAUCCUACUGGUAUAUGAAGUACCGAUCCAAGAAUGAUAAAGACCUAUGUGAUACCAUUUUGAAUACAAAAAUUAAUAAGGCUGAUUAACUCAGUUAACAGAAUAAAUAUUUUACUUUACUGUGUAUCUUCAAAUAUGAAGUAAUGGAACAAGAAAGCAAAAUAAUAAAAUAAAUAUAUAUAUAUAUAUAGUUUUUACUUGGAAAUACAGUAAGCUUUACGAGAUAAAGCUGAUCCUGUUGUGUACUAUAAUUGUGACUGGAAAUUAAAAAUAUGCUGAGUAUUAAUAAUUUGUGAGAAAGAGAAAGAAUUUACAUUAAGCAAAAGUUAUUUUUGUAAAUACAAUAAAGUAAAAGACCAGAUAACAGCA